CACGAGAUCCCGGAGGCGAGCGCCACCGGAAGUCCGGUCACUCUCGCGAGGCCCCAGGGAGCAGGCGCUGCGCAGUGUGGAGGUCGUUGGAGUCACUUCCCCGUCACCAGCUCCUGUGCCUGCCAGUCGGUGCCCCUCCCGCUCCAGCCAUGCUCUCCGCCCUCGCCCGGCCUGCCAGCGCUGCUCUCCGCCGCAGCUUCAGCACCUCGGCCCAGAACAAUGCUAAAGUAGCUGUGCUAGGGGCCUCUGGAGGCAUCGGGCAGCCACUUUCACUUCUCCUGAAGAACAGCCCCUUGGUGAGCCGCCUGACCCUCUAUGAUAUCGCGCACACACCCGGAGUGGCCGCAGAUCUGAGCCACAUCGAGACCAAAGCCGCUGUGAAAGGCUACCUCGGACCUGAACAGCUGCCUGACUGCCUGAAAGGUUGUGAUGUGGUAGUUAUUCCGGCCGGAGUCCCCAGAAAGCCAGGCAUGACCCGGGACGACCUGUUCAACACCAAUGCCACGAUUGUGGCCACCCUGACCGCUGCCUGUGCCCAGCACUGCCCGGAAGCCAUGAUCUGCAUCAUUGCCAAUCCGGUUAAUUCCACCAUCCCCAUCACAGCAGAAGUUUUCAAGAAGCAUGGAGUGUACAACCCCAACAAAAUCUUCGGCGUGACGACCCUGGACAUCGUCAGAGCCAACACCUUUGUUGCAGAGCUGAAGGGUUUGGAUCCAGCUCGAGUCAACGUCCCUGUCAUUGGUGGCCAUGCUGGGAAGACCAUCAUCCCCCUGAUCUCUCAGUGCACCCCCAAGGUGGACUUCCCCCAGGACCAGCUGACAGCACUCACUGGGCGGAUCCAGGAGGCCGGCACGGAGGUGGUCAAGGCUAAAGCCGGAGCAGGCUCUGCCACCCUCUCCAUGGCGUAUGCCGGCGCCCGCUUCGUCUUCUCCCUUGUGGAUGCAAUGAAUGGAAAGGAAGGUGUUGUGGAAUGUUCCUUCGUUAAGUCACAGGAAACGGAAUGUACCUACUUCUCCACACCGCUGCUGCUUGGGAAAAAGGGCAUCGAGAAGAACCUGGGCAUCGGCAAAGUCUCCUCUUUUGAGGAGAAGAUGAUCUCGGAUGCCAUCCCCGAGCUGAAGGCCUCCAUCAAGAAGGGGGAAGAUUUCGUGAAGACCCUGAAGUGAGCCGCUGUGACGGGUGGCCAGUUUCCUUAAUUUACGAAGGCAUCAUGUCACUGCAAAGCCGUUGCAGAUAAACUUUGUAUUUUAAUUUCCUUUGGUGAUGAUUAUUGUAUUGACAUCAUCAUGCCUUCCAAAUUGUGGGUGGCUCUGUGGGCGCAUCAAUAAAAGCCGUCCUUGAUUUUA